AGUGCUUUAGCCAGCUGGCAGUGCAGGAGGGCUCUGCUUUCCUUGCUGCUGCUGCCUCCUCCUCUUCUGCAGUGGGGAAAGGUCCCAUCUCCACAUGCUGUGUUUUCACGAAUGCCUCAAACCGGCUAUGAGAAAACAGCUUUUUAACCUGUGCAAAUGAGCUGGAGUAUUAGAGGGAUUAACCUGCCUGGUAAUUGAAUUUACAAAGACUGAAAGUCCAAGGGACCGUGGAGAACAUGUGCUGAGACCAAGUGCUGGGCAGAAGCGGCAGUGGGCUGGUGAAGAUGGAGAAUGGUACAGGGGAUGAGCAGAACCAAACUGGGCUGCCACUAUCAAGCCAGGACAUCGUUACAGCCGAAUACCAAGUGGUUACCAUCCUCUUGGUCCUCCUCAUCUGCGGACUGGGCAUCGUGGGCAACAUCAUGGUGGUUUUGGUGGUCCUCAGAACCAAACACAUGAGAACUCCCACUAACUGCUAUCUGGUGAGUCUGGCUGUUGCAGAUCUCAUGGUGCUUGUGGCUGCAGGACUACCCAAUAUCACAGAAAGCCUGUACAGAUCCUGGGUGUAUGGCUACGUGGGGUGUCUCUGCAUCACUUAUCUCCAGUACCUAGGGAUCAAUGCUUCUUCUUUUUCCAUCACUGCCUUCACCAUUGAGAGAUACAUAGCCAUCUGCCACCCAAUCAAAGCUCAGUUCCUAUGCACUUUUUCAAGAGCCAAAAAGAUCAUUAUUUUUGUCUGGGCUUUCACCUCCAUAUACUGUAUGCUCUGGUUCUUCUUGCUAGACCUUAAUACAGUAGUCUACAAAGACACUACUGUUGUGUCCUGUGGCUACAAGGUGUCCAGGAGCUAUUACUCUCCUAUCUACAUGAUGGACUUUGGUUUAUUUUAUGUUGUGCCAAUGGUAUUGGCGACUGUCCUCUAUGGCCUGAUUGCUAGAAUACUGUUCCUGAACCCCAUCCCUUCGGACCCAAAAGAAAACUCUAAGACAUGGAGGAAUGAAGUGGCUCACCAAAGCAAGCCUGUGAAUUCCAAGAUGACUAACAGGAGUUUCAAUAGCACUAUUGCUUCUCGAAGGCAGGUUACCAAGAUGCUGGCGGUAGUCGUGAUCCUAUUCGCAUUUCUAUGGAUGCCCUACCGCACGCUGGUCGUGGUCAAUUCCUUUCUCUCCAGUCCCUUCCAAGAAAACUGGUUCCUGCUAUUUUGCAGAAUCUGUAUUUAUUUAAAUAGUGCCAUCAAUCCUGUAAUUUACAAUCUCAUGUCCCAGAAAUUCAGAGCAGCCUUCAGAAAACUCUGCAACUGCCAGCAGAAACGGGAGAAGAAACCGGCCAGUUACAGCGUGGCCCUAAAUUAUAAUGUCAUCAAAGAGUCUGAUCACUUCAGCACCGAGCUAGAAGAUAUUACUGUCACCAAUACCUAUCUGUCCUCUGCGAAACUGUCCCUUGGUGAUACGUGUUUGUCAUCUGAGGCCUGAAGCCCACCUUGUUCUGAGUACGCAGUCAUAUAAAACCUUUGGAUGCUCUGUUCCCACCAACCUGUAUGAAAUGUAAAGGCACUUCUGCUCACACAAUUGCGGGAGUUCCCAUAUAUCUCUCCACACCUGUCUGCAUCCUGCAAGAAAAAGCAGCCUCAUGGAGAGUGAAAAGAAUAUACUGCUGAGUCUAACUGAAUGAAGCACUUAACAUAACUUUAAGCAGGUGAGCUGGCUUCAGUGGAAUACCCAAAUCCUUCAUCUCAUGUAUUGGCCAAAAUGGUCCGUACUCUCAGAAAGAGCAAGGCUGCCCAGGGUGUCUCCAUGAACGCAGAGCGGGGCAGUGGUUGAUGCUCCCAAUGAAGGCGAGAGGUGAGGAGAGGAGCUGCCUUCCUACGUGGCUGCACUGGGCAGCAUCAGCAGGGCCCAUCCGACAGCAGCCAGAACCACUGCUGAAUACAGUAAUUACCCACCAUUGACUCCCUCAUCCCACAGCAGUGCAAAUCUAAUUGCAGGCAUUGUGACAUGCUUCAAUAAGCAGAUAUCUGAUGGCAAAGAGCAUUAAAUCCUUUUUUUUUCCUUUGUUUCCUUUUUUUACCUUGAACAGCAUGAAAUAGGAAAACCAUUCAAUGAAUUUGCAGAGGGAAUAAACAAAUUUAAAAGUCAGUAGGAAUCUUUAAAAAAAUCUUUUUGUUUUCAGCAAGCUAGUUUAUAGAUGUACCACCUUAAAUGUAAGUCUCGGUUAAUACUGAAUCCUGUGGGAACUUGACAGGUACUGAAGAGCAUUGGACAGGCUUUUGCUAGUUAAUUUUAUCUUGGUUCAAUAGUAAUUGUGUCUCAGACUGCUACAGGGGGUUUAUAGCUUCAAUAGAGAUAAUGUCUAGGGAAAAGAGGAAAAUUCAGUGAAAAAUGACACUUUUUUCAUUUUUUGUCUCAAGGGUUAUCCAUUAGAAUACUUCAGGACAUAAAAAGUGUUGUCAGAGGAGAAGUCACCACAGCUUCUCACUUGCCAGCAUCGCCACUUGCAUGUUCUUCCCAAACGGGCCCAUAAAAAGGAGCCUGGGGCUAUGAUCUCCCCAAUGUAGCUGCAGUCAAAACAUAGCAUAUUACUUUGGCUUUGCUCUAGACCAGCUCGUGUUCUUGCUAGAAUUAUAUUUCCCCUUUCCUGUGCAGCAGUAACAGAAACUCAGGAAGAUGCCUGCGUAUUCUUGUUUGCUGUGAACAUUUUGCACAGCUUUUGUACAUGACAUUUAAAAAGCUGUAAAAAAGCUAAUUGUUCUAGUAAAAAAUCUAUCCAGUGUGGGAUGAAAGAGGUAGCCUCAUGAGCAUAGGCUUUCCUAUCCAGUUUUCCUUUGCAUAUACAGCCACUUCCCCAAUUCAAACCACUUUCACUCACAUUCAGCCAUGUUUGCAAACUUAAAGAGAACUAAAAAUACCCUGAUAGGCCUCAUUUAAAUUUUGAUGGGAAACCAUGCCUGCUGCAUGCAAAAGCCUCUAAUCAGUGUUCUCUGUACGGCAAGGAGGAAGCAAACAGUCUGUAUCUUGCUCCGCCUGCAUCCUUGCUUUAACUCCUGUUUGAACCUUGCAGAGCUCCACAGUACUUUCUAGCUUGGCGGAAUGAUGGCAGGGCAGGGAAGGGACGACCAGCAGGAGGUUUUUAACCAGCACAACAGACAUGACAAACAAACUUCCUCCAGAAAGCCCUUUCUAUCUUCUAUUUCCAUCAGCGCUUGCCUUUUCAUUUUGGCAAGCAGAGGGAGUGAGACCUUGGGGGUAUCCUGCUUCUUGAGGCUUUUAACUCAAAUUACAGGGAGUCAGUAUUAAAACCAGGCAGAGCACCAUACCUGUGCGCAUUCGUCCGGGCCAGGCUGUACACUGGAGCCUGUCCCGUGAAGCACAGGAGCCGGCAGAGCUUUGGCUGGAGCAGAGCCAGCAGCUGAACCCAUGCAGGUUGUGUUGCAAUGUUUUCCAAAUCCUCUGCAUUGGGGGUCUUCCUUAUUUACCGGGGGGCUGAGGCUUGCCAGCUUGUCUGCCUGAGCAGCACCGGCCACCAGACACACACAGUGGGGUCUGUUUCUGUGCAGAUGCUCCACAGCGUCUGAACAGCCACACAACUGGAAAGGGGAUGUCCAGACUCUUUGCUGCUUUUAAAAUAAUAAG